AUGGGGUCCCCAAAUUCCUCAUCACUCUCUCCACCACCAAAUCCUCCUCUCUGUCUCUCUCUCUCUUUUACUCUUGAUCUCCCUCGUCUCUCUCUCUGAAACCCUAAAUACCCUCGUGCUCUUCUUUUGUCUCCAUUCUCUCUGUGUCCUCAUUCUCUCAAGCUUCUUUUCUUGUGUUCUUUGAAAGACUCUCACUUUUGGUAUAUUUUGGAUUAUUCUACGGUUUCUUGUUGACAUGCGUGGUGGGUCAGAACUGGAGUUGGGGAAGAAGAGUAAUAAUGUUCCGGCUGAGAGUGAGCUGGAAUUGGGAUUAGGGCUCUGCCUCGGCGGCGGCGCGUGGAGAGAGCGUGGUAGGAUUCUUACGGCUAAGGAUUUUCCUUCUGUUGGCUCUAAACGCGCUGCUGAUUCUUCCUCUCACCCAGGAGCUUCUCCUCCUCGUUCAAGUCAAGUGGUCGGAUGGCCACCAAUUGGGUCACACAGGAUGAACAGUUUGGUUAAUAACCAAGCUAUGAAGGCGGCUAGAUCAGAAGAAGAAGAAGAUAGGAAGAAGAAAGUGGUGAAGAAUGAUGAGCUCAAAGAUGUGUCAGUGAAGGUGAAUGGGAAAGUUCAGGGUUUAGGGUUUGUUAAGGUGAAUAUGGAUGGUGUUGGUAUAGGCAGAAAAGUGGAUAUGAGAUCUCAUUCGUCUUACGAAAACUUGGCUCAGACGCUUGAGGAAAUGUUCUUCGGAAUGACAGGUACAAGUUGUCGGGAAAAGGCUAAACCUCUAAGGCUUUUAGAUGGAUCUUCAGACUUUGUACUGACUUAUGAGGACAAAGAAGGAGAUUGGAUGCUUGUGGGCGAUGUUCCGUGGAGAAUGUUUAUCAACUCGGUGAAAAGGCUGCGGAUCAUGAGAACCUCAGAAGCUAAUGGACUUGCACCAAGACAUCGAGAACAGAAGGAGAGACACCCUGUUUAGCUUCCCCUACCAAAGCUGGCAUUAUUUUAUGGUUUUUUUCUUUCUGAGUUUUGCAAGUUUUACUCAAUACUUUUUGAAGAAAGUAUACCGGAGAAUCGAUAAAAGCAAGCACAACCUUAGAUUUGAUUUUAAUCCGGGUUUUGGCAUAUGGUUGUUCUUUAGGUUCAUUCAAUUCGAAGUUCUUUGUGUUCUUCUUUCGCUGUGUGUAUCAGUUUUCUCUGUUCUCCUCACAGAGUGCUCUUGUUUAUUUUCUUCUUUCAUAUUGUGUAUAUAUAGUUGAAGCUAUCUAAAUGUGAUAAGAUUUAUGUUUCUCUUUGGGUGUUGCUGAUUUUAAGGAAUGGAUAUCACUUACCUUCA